CAACAUCUGAGCAGAGUUUGCUGCAAUCUGCUGUUCCACAGUUCAGAAGCAUUUGAGCAACGGAAUUGUACCUACUCCAAAGAAGCGAAAGGCAUUUGCACUGCAGAUGCUACCGAGAAACAGAACCUGGGACUGUGAAUAUGACAUAUAUAGCCACUUGCAAGAGAAGAAUAGGGUCCUUAAAUGUGGAACUAAAAAGUUCGACUAUUUCAAUACCCUUUUGGAGUGUUUCGUUGUGGAGGAUCAUAAGAAGGCUGACUUAGAAUUGGUACAGUUCAUGGAUGGUUUACACAGCAUUGCAAAGUCUCAGAUGCUUCAUCAUCUUGAGCACUCUAACAUAGAGAACACUGCUGAGGAAAAGGGCACAGAUAACGGUGUGAUAGUGGAUCCCCAGCAUAAGUAUUUCAUGGAUCAUGUGAGGCCUAAUGGAAAAUCUUAUGUACUAGAGAUCCCUGAGGAUGGUGUCUGUGUAAAGUAUGAGCCUAAAUCAUCAAGUCCUGAGAGUGCAGAUACCUACACAACAGAUUAUGAUAAGGUCAAUGUGUGCUUAGACAUAGUCAUGCAUGGGAGUUCUCUUGCAAACUCUAAGAGUCCUAAUGUUAUUAGCAAUCUUGUGAAGCAUAGGGGUAGGAAGCCAAAAGGUGCAAAACUCAGUGCUGCUAUGGAUGGCAAUGUUAAGAGAAGUGAUGUGACUUCUGAGACAGAGAAGCAUGUAAGUAAGAUGAAGGAUAAACACAGGACUGAGAUGAUGAAAAAACAAUAUAUAUCAAAAGUAUUGGUAAUUAAAGAUAGUGAUGAUGCAGCAGGUCAGAUUGUGGAACAUUGUUGGCAAGAGUAUCAUAAAGGCAAGGCAACUACAUUUUUCGAAGAAAAACUCAUGGCAGAACUUAAGGCUCCUUUCUGUGAGGAAGAGUACAAGAGGCUUUUACACAUCAUUACUGUUCGAAAGCCAGUCCAACGCCACAGAGACCUGCGUGGAGGUAUCAUAAUCUAUGAUGAACCUCGCCUUGGAAAGUCUUAUCUUGAUUGUAAUGUUGAUCUUGCUAAGAGAAUAAAAGCAGCUCAUGGUGACCAUCCCAGAAUUCUGAAUCUCAUGCGUGGAUUUUUCUAUUGGUUGAAAAAUUUGUCACAUGAUGGAGCAUUCAUGCCAUGGAAAUAUUCAUCGUGGUUGGAUGUACUGCCACAACAGUUGGAAGGAUAAUUUACUUUUUCAUUUAUUUGUUUAACUAUUUUUUGGUUUGAGUGAUGCAAUUAAUUCAAACUUCACAGAACAGAGAGGCCAAGAAGGA